AUGUACGGCGACCUCGCGCUCCAGCUCGUCACAGCCUCCCACCGCACAACCCUCGCGACCACACCACAACUUCCCCUGCCGAAAUACGCCCUGCCCCUCAUCCUCUCCAUCUGUCUCGAGACCCGUCAACUGGGAGCGUCAAUAACGGCCAUCGCCGAGAACCAUGGUCCCAUGUCUCUCACCCAGGAUAGGGGCCUGGUGUGCAACCUCACUGUCCAGCAUCUGGCAGCGCGACGGAACAAACGCUGCUUGUUGGCAUAUCUCAUGACCCGAGUCGGAGGGAUCAAAGAGCGAUGGUGGGACGCCGGAGGAGGGCUGGCAUACCUCCUGAGUCCUGCAGCGAGCGCAAACGUCAACCCCGAAGCGGACGCACCGGACCUUCGUUCGGCGUUGAGUCCACAGGAACUCGACUUUAUGAGAGGGUACAACAGCCUCCUGCUCGAUUACAAGAGCGAGUUUCUGGAUGUCCUUGACCUCACGGCAGGGAUUGAAAAGCCGCCCGGGGAGCUGAUGGUGGAUGUGAGGGUCGUAAAGGAUGCUGGAGAAGUGUUCUUGGAUAGUGGAGAAAGGGUGGACUUUCGCAAAGGACAGAGGUUCAGACUAGAACGGAGUCAAGUAGAGAGAUUGGUCAUUCAAGGGUAUCUAGAAGAGGUCUACUAG